AUGUAUCUUUUGAAAUCUGGUGUUUUUUUGUUGUCCUUUCUAUGUGUUAACUUAGUGAAAGCGAAAAUUGAACUAAUAUUAUCUGACCUCGGAACAGAAAAAUGCAAUUCCGAAAAUGCAAAGGCCCUAGAUGCCCAAUUUUACGGAAAAUACUGUGGAGGCAAAAAUUCAUUACCAACAGUUGAGUGGUUUGAAAAAAACAGCGAAACAAAGUCCUAUGCAAUGACUAUCACGAGUAAGAACGAUUCUAAUAUAAUAACUCACUUCUUAGCAUGGAAUAUACCAUCACAUGUAAAUUUAAUAAAUCAUUCUACAAAUUUUGAUGAACUUGAGGCAGUAAUCGGGUUGAAUUCGUUUAACCAAGCUAAUUAUUCUAUGCCAUGUCUCGAUUCUUUCACUGAAAAGAUGAGCAGUUGUUUGUUAUUUUCCCUAUAUGCGUUAAAAACGGAACAUAUAGAAUUAUCACAAGAUGCAGACUAUUUCGAACUAAUGUCAUACCUCAAAAGUAUGAGUAGAGAUGAAAAGGGGCUCUUGGAUAGACUAUCCUUAUAUGCCAUGAUAAUACCAAAACAAAAAAUUGAUAUUUAA